AUGCCUCAUCGUGUUACCGCGAGGGCAAAAUCAUUUUCUUCUCAACCAUCAAUUGCUCAAAAAUUAAAAGAUGAUCCUGUAGAUCCUAAAAAUGCUCAGGGUAGCGUUACAUGUGUUUACCAAUCUCAUAUCGGUGGAUAUUGGCGUAAUGUGACUGUUAUAUGGAGAAAAAAUAUGAUGAAUCAUUGCCUUACCAUAUCUGUUGAUAGCGUAGAAAAUGAAGAUCAUCAAACUUGCAAGAUUGAUCUAAAACCUUGGCAUUUUUGGGCUAAAAAAGGUUACAAGACAUUUGAGGUUGAUGGACAUCAAUUGGAGGCUUAUUGGGAUUUAAGAUCAGCAAAAUUUUCUGGUAGUCCUGAACCAUUUAAAGAUUUUUAUGUCGCGUUAAUUGCAGAGGAAGAAGUUGUUUUAUUAUUAGGUGAUUACAAGAAAAAAGCUUAUAAGAGAACAAAAUCAAGGCCAGCUCUUGUAGAUGCAUUGUUGUUUUACAAAAAAGAACAUGUUUUUGGUAAGAAAAGUUUCUCAACAAGGGCUAAAUUUGAAAACAAUAAAAAAGAAAGUGAUAUUGUUGUAGAAAGUUCAACCUCAGGACCAAGAGAUCCUGAAAUGUGGAUAAGUAUAGAUGGGAUUGUUUUGAUUCACAUAAAGAAUUUGCAAUGGAAAUUCAGGGGAAAUCAAACGGUACUAGUCAACGAGCAGCACGUACAAGUGUUUUGGGAUGUGCAUUCUUGGUUGUUUUGUGAACCUGGUUCUACUCAUGGAUUGUUCAUUUUUAAGCCAGGGGUGUCUGAAUUGGAAAGUGACAGAGACGGAAGUAGCGUUGGAGGUGACAGUGAUUGUAGCGAUCAUACUAAGUAUUAUUCAACGUUGAGUCACUCCAGAGCCUCGCCUUUUUGCCUUUUCCUGUGCGCGUGGAAGAUUGAGUAA